AAAAUAAAAUUUGUGAGGUUAAGUAACUGUUAUUUUCAAAAAUUAAACUCGCUAUUUAUCUAUCGCAAACUUUUUAAUAGAGAGUAUAACAGUGUAAAUCAGUAAAUUUAAGGAUUUGUCUAUGUAAUAAAUCAGAAGAAACAAAAACACAAUGGGUAACAGUUUAUCAUCAAAUGCCCAAAAUGAAGAACAACUAUCCCUAGAAGAUGCUUACAAAAUAUUAGCAAUUGAUGAAGAAAAGAAAAGUAAGGAAGAAAAAAUUAAAAUUAACAAUCCCGACAACUUUGUAUCAAAUAAAGUCGGUGUAAUAACGAAUGCUUUGAAAGACGGUUACAUUAUAGACGAUCAGUAUGUUGUCCAAAACACCGAACUGGACUUAUCCGUAGGUGCCAGAGUUAGAUUUGAUUUGUUCAGUUCAGACGACAUGUUUAAAGUGACCAACGUAGAAUUGAUCGAUAACGAAUGGGAUGUGCCCGAAAGUUCAAAUUCCUUGUGGAGCACCCGAGUGAUAAUUUGCCAAGUUGAUCGUCGAAUAGAGAGGAAACUUUACCUAACUCAAUGCGAUAUCAUGCUAAAUUUAGACGAUGUUCCUUUGGAAUUUUUACCAAUGGUCGGAGACUGGCUGGAGUUGCAAGUUAAAUGCACUGUCAAUGAAAACAAACUCGAUUUAAGCGGUAAGAUUAUCGAGAUUGAUAGGAUAUCGCCUGUAAGGCUGCAUUUGGAAACAGGGAAAGUUACUAAUUGGAAAUCAAACGAAGGGGAAGGAACUAUUAAUAACAAAAUAUUCUUCAACAAAGCAUCUCUAUCAAUCGGUCACGUUCCUAUGUUAGGUGACAAGGUAGUUUGCGAAGUCAUCGAAAGUAGUCAAAAUCGAUUUCUAUGGAGAGCCAUAAAAGUUUUGCCUGAAACUGUUAUGUCACAUAAUCGCAGCAAAUUAUCGAGCCCUACAACAGACACCUCCAAUUACGAAGAAAAUCAUCCAGGAUUAGAAAUAAACGAUAUCAACUUGAGCUUCGAUAAGUUGGGUAUCAAACAAAACUUUUCCAUAAACAUCUCAAACAAUGCAGAUCAUGAUGUUUUAUUAAAAACUGUUAAAUUUACAGACAUAAAUGCAUCAUGUAAAGUAAUCAAUAAUCGCAGUAAUGUCACAAUCAAGCCUAACGAUACCUUAAAUAUUACAUGCGAAUGCAUUUCUAAAAAUAUAGGACACAGUAAAGACAUGUUUACAUUAACAUUCGAUAAGUUUACUUUAAGAAAAUGGGUAAACAUAUCGACAGUUAUCAAUUCAAGCAAUCUGAAAAUUCCGUAUGAAUAUAAACCCAACCUGAAGCUUCAUGAUGAAUCGGAAAACGAAUUAAUCAGAGGAGAAAAAUCCAGCAAUGUUCGAUUCACUGUUGCCAAAAUUCCGAAUUAUUUAGUACCGCAAAAACUCGCCGAUAUCAUGAGAACAUACAAUCGCAAAGACACCGAAUUAUUCGAGCAAUUAAAAUCGAUCAAGCCAUCACUAACCGCGAAUCUUACACUAAUCAAUUACGAGGAUAAAUUCCACACGCUCAUACAUCUCGAUGAAAUCAUGAAUUUAAUAAGCGUACAAGUCUACGACCAAGACAGAGCUUGUUUCGUUAAGAACGGGGAAUUUCUAAUGCUGGAAAUCGAUAACCUAGCCGAGAAAAGACCUUCUUUGAUAAUAGGCGAUAGAAUCAUAGCGACAGAUCCGAUGAAUAAAAACAAAUUAGAUUACGAAGGCUUCAUAAACAAAGUGGGAUCUAAACACGUUUACCUAAAAUUCAAUCGGCUGUUCCACGACUCUUACAACGGCGAGGAUUACUCUAUAAAAGUCGUACCCGGCAGAGCAUCGUACAAGAGGCUUCAUCACGCCGUGAGUUUGGCCGUGCGAAAUUUAGGCCAAGAAUUGCUAUUUCCUACUCGCAUAACAGAAAGGGAACCUCAGGUGGAUUUCACCUGCAACAGCGAUUCGAAUAAACUAAAGUUAGAAUGGUACAAUAAGCGCUUGAACGCGACGCAGCAGAACGCCGUGAAGCACAUACUUUGGGGCAAGGCCAGGCCUCUUCCGUACAUUAUAUUCGGUCCACCUGGUACGGGAAAAACCGUGACUAUUAUCGAAACUAUAUUGCAGUUGGUGAGAUUAUUACCUUCGUCUAGAUUGCUAGUUACAGCGCCUUCUAACAGCGCGGCGGAUCUGGUCGCUUUGCGAUUGAUAGAUUCCGGAGUUUUGAUGCCUGGCGAUUUGAUCAGAAUCGUUUCCUAUAACUACGCCCUGAGCGACGCGAUUCCUGCUAAACUUGUGCCUUAUUGUGCUACUGCAAGCAGCGCCAAAGAAGAUACUAUCCAAACCGAUUUAUUCACCGACGGAGGGAUCAAAUUGGAUUGCAGUCAAUCGAUUCUAGGGAGGCACAGAAUAACUGUAGCGACAUGCGGAGCUGCAGGUCAAUUUUUCACCAUGGGAUUAACCAAAGGGCACUUCAGCCACAUUAUUGUAGACGAAGCAGCCCAAGCUGCGGAACCCGAGGUCUUGAUAUCCAUGGCUUUACUGGAUAAAACAUCAGGACAAAUGAUUCUUGCAGGCGAUCCCAUGCAACUGGGGCCGGUAGUACUUUGCAAAAUAGCAGAGGAAUGCGGUUUGGGAGAAUCUUACUUGGAAAGACUGAUUAACAGGUUUCCGUACAUCAAAGAUCCUGCUGGUUUUUCGGACACUUGCGGAUACGAUCCGAGACUCGUUACUAAGCUAUUGUACAACUACAGAGCCCUGCCUGACAUUCUCAACUUGUACAGCAAUUUAUUUUAUAGCGACGAAUUGAUACCGACAAUUGACGAAGAAAGUAGUUCGGAAGCUCAGCUGUUGAAUACACUCGCGGAAAUUAUACCUCGAAGAUCCGACGGACGACUCUCUCAAGUUAUUUUUCACGGUGUAAACGGGGAAAAUUACCAAACGGAAGAUUCUCCGUCGUGGUUCAAUCCCCACGAGGCAGCGCAAGUGUUCCAUUACAUCAACGAAUUAUACAGAUUGGGGUUGAAGUCCAAUAAUAUCGGCAUAAUUAGUCCAUAUGUUAAACAGGUGAGGGAAAUUCGCUCGCUCCUAAUUGAAGCUGAAUUCGAUCUUCCGCGUAUAGGCACGGUGGAAGAUUUCCAAGGGCAAGAAUUCGAUGUAAUUAUUCUGUCAACUGUGCGUUCAUCGGAGCAGUAUGUUAGUUCGGACGUUCUUCAUUGCUUGGGCUUCGUUGCUAAUCCGAAACGUUUAAAUGUAGCCAUUUCUCGAUCUAAAACUCUAUUAAUUAUUGUUGGAAAUCCGAAGUUACUGUGUUGUGAUAUUUACUGGAGAUCUGUUGUUAAGUAUUGCUUGGAUAAGGGCUGUUAUGUCGGCUGUGAGUUUUAGUGAAUAAGUCGAUUUCUUUCUAUUAAACAGAUAUUUUAUUAUGAGCGUCUUUCGAUUGUUCAUUAAAUUUAAACCAAAAAAGGGUUUUCUGUAGAAAAUAAUAUACGAUUUUAAUAAAGCAUUUACCUUAAAUUAAUAUAUAGAAAAAAACUUAUCGAUAGAUCGGUAUUCAAAAAGUAAAUUUGCUGUGUUCCUUCUGAAUUUGAGUUAAUUGUUCUGCAGCUUCGAUUAAAUCGGGUUUGAGAUCUGAAUACUGUUUGAGUUCUUUAUCCAAAUUCUCUUUAGUUUUCUUCAAUUUUUGUAACUUCUUGCAUUCUUCGUCUAAGUUCUGCAUGUCAAACAAUGGAUCCUUAAGCCAGGGGUACUUUUUCUAAAAAAUGGUAAUUUAAUUAUGCAUUAAAAUUAGGGUUUUUACGAGACUUACCUCAUAAUUCGAGUUGGUUAAAUCAUAUUGAGUUACUUUUGCACGUAAUUGAUUGGUGUUGCUCGAAUGGAAAUUGAGUUCCUUUAAUUUUUCCCUACCUAAUUUUAAUUCCCUGAAAUGUUAUGAUUUGAUUAAGUUACUUAUCAUUUAAGCAAAAGGCUUCUACUAACAUUUCUGCUGUAUUUAUAUCCUCGGAAAGCUUUUUGUUCAUGUGUUUGUACAUUUUCAGACUAGUCGUUAAUCUCGAGAAAUAAUUAUGUGGUUUCGUGGAAACUUUGGAAUUUUUUUCAUCGUAUUGAAUUUCCAAUACAUCGAUUAGUUUAUCGAUGUUUUCGUCAAUGGUUACAUCGAAUUUGGAAUCUUCGGAGAGUAACUUCAUUUUUUUCAAAUAUUCAUCUU